GAGGAGGAGGGAGAGUGAAUUGGACUGGCCCGGUUCACUCGCCCCGCAGACCCUGCAGCAGGACCAGCACAGCGGAGGCCCGAGGAGGGGACCGGAGGGCAGGAGAAAAGAGGAGCAACGUGGACUGGAACCGGAGACACCUUUUCUUUUUUUGUGUGGAUUGUGGAUAGAGAGGGACACCGGGCGGGGAGGGGGGCCCGCAUGAUUCCUCACAGUCCGCCUGUAAUGAUGGUGGUGAUGCACCGAGAGCCGAGCGACGGAUUCCUGCAGAGCCCGACACACUGCACCACAGCCCCGCCACCGAGCUGCUGCAGGGCUCCCCGCUCCUCCUGCUGCUCUCCAUCAGGGAGAAAACCCGGAUUUCCACCCCGAGGCUCGACCCAAACAACCGGGUAACAGUCCUUACCUCCACAAGCUCCCAUUCAUACUCGAUGAGACGGAGAGAGCAGCUUUGAAGCGUUUUUUUUUCUUCUCCUUGCUUUUUUUUUUUGCUGCACCGGUUUUGAUGUGCACGCACAUGUUGUUUUGAGCCGUGCAACUGCAGACUGAAGAGCGGGGAAAGAUGUUUUUGCGAUGCUACCGGUGCAAGCUGUCGGUGUGGGCCGCUCUGUGCGUGCUGGUGCUCUGCUGGUUCUACAUUUUCCCCGUCUACAGGCUCCCCCGCGAUAAAGACAUAGUGGAAGAGGUGCUGAGGCAGGGGGAGGCAUGGCAGAGGAACCAGACGGGCAUCGAUUUAUACAGGAAGUUGCUGACAGAGUGCUGCGAGCCGCGCAGGAUGUUUGCUGUGACCAAGGAGAACUCACCGAUGGGCAAGGUCCUGUGGUACGACGGGGAGUUUUACCACUCACACACCGUCAACAAUGACACGUACCCACUCUUUGUACAGGACAACCCUCUGCAUCUGCCCCUGAAGAAGUGUGCGGUGGUUGGAAACGGCGGCAUCCUCCACCACAGCAAAUGUGGACGGGACAUCGACCAGGCCGACUUCGUCAUGCGGUGCAACCUUCCACCGCUUUCAAAGGAAUAUGUGGAGGAUGUGGGAACCAAAACUCACCUGGUUACAGCCAACCCCAGCAUCAUAGAGAAAAGAUUCCAGAACCUCCUGUGGUCGAGAAAAGCGUUUGUGGACAGUAUGAAGGUCUACGGCUCCAGCUACAUCUACAUGCCGGCGUUCUCCAUGAAGCCUGGCACCGACCCGUCGCUGCGGGCGUACUACGCCCUGGCGGACUCCUCCUCCAACCUCACCAUGCUCUUUGCCAACCCUGAAUUCCUGCGCACGGUGGGGAAGUUCUGGAAGGGCCGCGGCGUGCACGCCAAACGCCUCUCCACGGGGCUCUUCCUGGUCAGCCUGGCCCUGGGGCUGUGCGAGGAAGUGACGGCCUACGGCUUCUGGCCGUUUUCCGUCGGCCUGGACGAGAAGCCGGUCAGCCACCACUACUACGACAACAUCCUGCCCUAUAAAUGGUUCCACGCCAUGCCCGAGGAGUUCGUCAAGCUUUGGCAUCUGCACAAAAGCGGCGCGCUGCGCAUGAGAGUGGGACACUGCCCCCCGCAGGAAGGAGGGAGCUAGAGCUUCCCGAUGAGUGAAGCGCCAGUGGUCAGUUGAAGUUCAGUUAAGCUACAGGAAACAGAUGAAGGGUUGUGAAGCAGCAGGAAGUUGUCUUCUUGACAAAUUAAAGGUGCGCACAUUUCCUCUGAGGAACCUCGGCACUGCAUCUGUGUCCAUACGCUCUCCUGCUGCCCCCCUUCCCCCUUAGCUAAUCCCUAAUUAUCAUGAGAAUGUCCUCCACCCAGACCAGCAGCAUCAGGGACACACAAACAUUCCCAAAUCUUGCCAUAUCUGCUCCUUCUGUGUCUGAAAUCGCGUGUGUGUGUGCAUGAAUGUUUGUGGGAAGCCUCAGCUGGGACUAAUAAGGGUGAACAUGUGUAGAGUUGGAUGGGUGGGGGAUGUUUUUCCCUUUUUUUUUUUUUUUGACUACUGUAUCUGACUGACAUAUGGGGCAGCUAGACCAAACCCCCCUCUGGGCCUUUGUCAAACAGAGACAGAAGGAGAGGAGGACCAGGGGGAAUAAUAAAACGCACUGAAAGACUGGCAGAAUGCGAGGAACAAGGGAGAGAUAAUGGUAUCCUGGUACCUCGUAGCUUGAAUAGGAGCGAAAUUUAAUAGAGGAAAAAAAAAAAGACUGGCAGGGGGGAGACAGAGUGAAAGCUGGCUGGUAUGCGUAUGAAAGGAUUUUUUUCUCUCUCUAUGCUUUUCUUCAACGGAGCGCUUGAUUGGCAUUCUGUGGUGCCAAAUAGAGCUUUAGUUCAAAGCAGGAGCCAUUAGAAAUGGAGUCUUAAGUACUAUAUCCCCCCAGAAUGUUUAGCCGAGUUGCAUUUGAACCCUUCACUGAAAAGGGAAAAAAAAUGGGUGUCCACAUAUUGUUUUUGUUUGCCCAUUGUGAAUUUCAGGAUUAAUGUGAAUUCCUUUUUAAGUUCAUCAGGGGCCAUGAAGAGAAGGGAGAAAGUGGAAGACAUUUGGUGCAAAGAAAAAGGAUCAUACACAUUGGUACCUCACCUCAAAGUGGACAUCAUCACUGACUAUUUGGUACGAUUCACUCCCAGACUCCUUUAUUUAGAUUUCAAACUAAAGAAAGCCCCAUUUCCUUAGAGGCGCAGUUACCAAGUCAUCUCUUGGUAUCUGUUCUAUACUUGCCAAGUGCCGAGCCAGGGGAACAGUGGUCUCUUUGAUACCCACUCUCACACUGUCCUUGUGCUCUCAAAUGGCGAGACACUGAUAUAAAGAGAUGUAGGGACAGAAAAAGACUUGAGGACUCAUUGUCACAAAGUGGCAAUAAAUGGCUUUUUUUGUUUUGUUCAGACGCUGGACACUGUGUAGGAUUACUUGUGAUUUAUUAUCAUUUUACAUCAGAGUACAGGAAGAACUGAGCCUCUGUCCUGUGCUUCUUUUAUAAUUGUGAUUUGUUUUGUGACAUUUUUUUUUGUGCACAAGGGAAAAAACUUGCGGUAACACUUUUAAUGAUGCCCAUGUCUAUAACGAUGUAAUAUGGUGCACCUUUAUUUUGAAAUUCCCACUUGAUAUUAUUCAUCUAAAGAUGAGAUUUCUGUUUAUUUAAAUGUCUGCAAGAGUUCAGAUAAUUAAGUUGUCCAAUUAUAUUGUGGUUGCUUUUUAUGACUUGAUCUAAAGUUACUGAUUGUGAUAAAUUGGCAAAUGAUAUUGCUUGCAGGCAGUCAAAUAAAAUAAAAAUCAUAUCAUCACAAAUUUUGUCAAUUCAGCAAAUAUCUUAUCAUUGUCCAAAUAAUCAAUAUAAUACUCAAUGUCAAUUAUAAUCUAUUUAUAGCACUAUAUAAAAGUUAUAAGGACUCAUAUUUAAAGGUCUAUGAAGGAUAAGUUAUUACUCAUAAUUAAUUAAUUGCUUGCAGGCAGUCAAAUCAAAUACAAAUCAUAUCAUCACAAAUUUUGUCAAUUCAGCAAAUAUCUUAUCAUUGUCCAAAGAAUCAAUAUAAUACUCAAUGUGAUAAUAAUUUCAAUUAUAAUCUAUUUAUAGCACUAUAUAAAAGUUAUAAGGACUCAUAUUUAGUCUAUGAAGGAUAAGUUAUUACUCAUAAUUACUUGUAAGAACAUAUUAAAGUAUUGUAUCAUGAUUUAAAGGUAGAUAACAUAAUACUUUGAAAUUGCUGGUCACCCACUGGCAUUGUUUUCAUAAACCAAUAUCUAUAAUGCAUUAAACACUAAUGCAGUGACUACAAUGUAUAAUGAAAAAUGUGAAAUGUAUUACUACUACGAGAAUUAUAACACACUAUGAUCCUUGCAGAAAAACUCUUUAAGUGACCAGCAAUUAUGAAUUAUGAUGAUACUUUUAAGUCAUUACUAAAUGCUUUAUAAUGUGUUAUUAUUAAAAAGUAUAAUGAAUAUUUAGGAUUGCUUAGAACUAUACUGAUACAGUGCUAUAAGCAGAUUCUUACACAUUACAGUAUAAUUGAUUAUUAUGAUUGAUUUAAUUAAUAAAACGCUUUUAAAAAAAUACUCAAAGUCGCUUGAUAAGUAUAUUUAUAAUGUGUUAUAGAUAUGGGGUGUCAUAAAAAGUGCUACCCAAUUCGCUCAUGUAUUAGCCAACACGCCAGACACGACAGUUGUUGUUUUUAUUAUUAUUUCUGUUGUACUUGCAGGCCUUGCAGAUGGAAAACUUGAUUUGAAAUUGUCUUU